AUGGAUCUCGAGGACUCGCUCGCGGAGGCCAUCGACGGCGCACUCGGAGAGGGCCAGGGCGACGCAGACGACGCCUUUACUGCGGCCCUCGAGGGCGUGCUCGAGGGGGAAGGCAUCCUGCCGACAGGCGACGCCGCCGCGCAGCCCGCGGCAGCGGAGGCGGCCGCGGUGGACACCGCGGUGGACACCACGGUGGACACCGCGGCAGCGGCGGUGUCCGCCGCGGUCGGCGAACCGGAGGGCGCCGGGAACGGGGAGAUCGGGCAGCGCGCCAACCUCUCCAGGUGUAUUCUCGCUCUGCCUCGCUGCACUGGCAGCUGGGCGCCCCCGCCUGACCAGCCCUGCGGCCAGGUCUGCACCCGCUUCCACAAGGCCCCGCUCCUCUCCAUGCCAUCGCCAGGAGCCAGCGGGGCCGCCGCCGCCAGGGUGCCGCCCAAGCGGGGGCGCCCCACCCGAGAGCAGAGGGCCGCAGCAGAGCCGGGCGCGUUCGACGCGCGGCCGACCGUGGCCGCGGGCGUGCUGGUGACCAGGCUGCGCGGCGGAGUCCCGGAGCUGCUGGCCAUCGGGCGCAGCCAGGACGCGGCGGGCCCCUGGGAGUUCCCCAAGGGGCGGCUCGACUUCGCGGACGGGAGCGAGCUGGGCUGUGCCUUCCCGGAGCUUACCGAGGAGGCCGGCCUGGGUGUGUCGCUGCCGACCCGAGGGUGCCAGAAGGUGGGGGUGGAAGAGUACCAGACCAAGACCGGGAGCGGGCCCGCCUUGGACGCGCCGCGGGGGCAACGGGCGGCUCGGGCCUCGAGGGGGCAGCGGGCGCGCGCCAGUGACGCAAGCCCUCCCGCUGACCAGCUGGGCGACGCGGAGGCUCCAGGCGACGGGGCCCCCGGCGUAUGCGGGGCCGCCGUCGGCGGCAGCAUGGCCGGGCGAGGCCCCGAGGCGCGUCGGGCGCCGGGCCGCGCGAGCCCUCGCCCCGCCGACGACCGAGCUGACGGCGAGGCGGGCGAAGACACGCCGUGCCGGGGGGCGGGCCCUCCGUCGCCGCCGCUCGCGACGCGGGAGGGCUGCGUCGCCGCUGGAGGCAACGCGGGGGGCGCCGCGGCGGACGGCGACUCGGGCGCCGCCGACGGCCUGGUGGAGGCUGCGGCAGCCUCGUUGCGGCGAUCCCGCCGCCUCAAGGCCUCCCGCCGCCGCCGACGGGUGGCCCUGUCAGCCGACCUCAUCAUGGCGUCGGCGGCGGGAGGGCCGACGCUGCUAGAGCGCGCGGCAGUGACGGCUGGGGCGCAGGCCCGCCAUGGCCAGUACCCCGACAGGUUCUUCUCGCACUCCAGCCUGAGUGACGCCAGGGUGGCGAUCCUCGUGGACGAGAACUCGGACUGCCAGCAGUGCGACUACUUCACCGCCGUGUACUCUGGUGCGACCUGGUGCCGCCAACUCAGGCGCCCCGAGCUGGCCUCCGAGCCGAAGCUGGCGCCAGCCGAGGUCGGGGCCGAAGAGCUGGCGCUGCAUCAGCUCCGCCACUCAGGGGCGAGCAUCGAGGCAUGCAAGCGGGAUCGCAAGCUAGAGCAGGUCAGGGGGCUAGGCUGCUGGGCCCAGGCGAAAGGCAUGCGCCGCUACGAGCGCCGCGGCCGCCUGGGUGGCAAGCGCAAGAAGUGCCCCAGGUGCAUCUCUAAAGCUGUAAAGGCAUUCGGGUUCAGAGCCCGAAGCUGGGACGUGCUCCAUGACCCCGCGCGGCAGAAUUUGCUCGACAACUGCGUCGCGCAAGCCAUCGGACCCUUCGUGAGCAGGCCGGGCUUGAUUUGGAAGGCCUGCUUCAGCUCGGGGUCGUGUGUGGCCGCCAGCGCCGCGGCCAGGUGCUCCGCGACUGUGCGGGUGCCCUGCUCCGUGACGCCCUGCACGGGCAUCCCGCCGGACGAGGCCGUGGCCCAGGCCCUGCAGGUGGUGCGGAGGGUGUGCUCCAGCCUCGGCAAGGGCCAGAGCGCCGCUCCGCAAGCGCCGGCGGCGGACGAUGGAGACCUCGAGAACGACGUGGACACGCCCGCGGAGCCGGCCUGGAAGGCGCAGCUCGAGAAGGGCCUCGAGCGCCUGCGGCACUGCGAGGCCGUGGGCGCUGCGCUGCGCGCGGCGGUGCACCCGUCGUUCGAGGCGGCGACGGACGACCUGCGGGAGCUCGGCCCGGAGCAGGUCAAAGCUCUGCGCGAUGAGCUUCUCAAGCUCGAGAAGGUUUCCAACGUCGCCAAGGCUUUGGCUGUCUUGAAGGACGUCCGCGCCAUGAUCGACCAGAGCGCCCUGCUGGCCCUGCGCGCCGCGGAGCAGGCCCGCCUGGAGACUGCGCUCGCGGGCUCCUCGCGGACGAUCGCGCCGGCCGCCCAGGCGACCCGGCGAGCGCCCCGGCGGGGGCCACCCCCCCACUCCCUGCGGCGUUCUUUCUCCUUCCUU